AUGCUCCUUCUCUCCUCCGUUCUUUCUUGUCUUCUCAUUUCUGCUCUGGCCAAGGAAGCCAAUGUCCGCAUGGGCUCGCAGUGUUCCAAGAAUCAGGUCGUCCGCAAGUUGACUGUCUACGAGGAUGGAGCUCUUGAGGCCGAGUGUGGACCGGUUCCAUGCGGAGAAGUCGGAAGACGUUGCCUUGAUGUAAGUCACAUACUAUGGGACAGCUGGAACAAUAAAUGAGUUUAGGACCAAACCUCUUGCCGCGCUGAAACCGAUGUGUUCUCCGGAAUGAGAUGGGCUCCGAACGGGGAGAGCAUUCUGCUCCGCUGCUGUACUAUGCAGAGCAAGAACAAGAUAUACGUGGGAACUGACGUCGUUUCCGCCGGAAGCUUCUACGAGGGAGGAGAAGUUGCCGAGAAGGACCUCUACGGAGACAAGGGAGGCGCCGAGUACGACUUUGUCGCCAACGCCAGAACUGAACAGUCAGUGAAGAGCAUUGAGGAGUUGGAUGGUAAUAGUUCAAUUGCAGGGGAGGAGUCCGUGUCUGGGUGUACCGUAUGAUCUGUGCCAAGGGGGAAAAGCCAGUCGACUUCGAGCCAAUCACCACCACUUCUGCGGCAGCUCCGAAGGUCGUCAGAACCACCACUCCAGCCCCAAUCACCGAGGCAGUUGAGGAAGAGGAAGAGCAGACGGAAGGAGGAGAUGAGCAGACUGAUCAGGCUGAGACCAAUGAGAGCGAGGCCGAGGUUGUGGAGAGCAACGACGGAGAGGAAGAGCUUGAAGAAGAAGAGGAAGAGGAGGAGGUUACGGUAAGAGAUAGGGAUACUGUAGACAUGGUGGAAAAGUGACGUUGAUUACAGACUACCCAGGAGCCACAGCCAUUCAACCCACUCCGCUACCGACCACCACACCUUCCGAGACAUUCGACCGGAAUCCGCAGAGCCUAA